AUGCAGCGGCGCCUGGCCCAUGCAGCUGGCAGACUACUCGUGGAGGGCCAAGGGGUUGCUCUGUGCCAAGGGUUUCCCGCAGUUCACUGGCAGCUGGCGCCACCGCCCGCCGCCGGCGCUGCCGCCCUGCACCUGCCGCCGGGCGGCCUGCGGUGGCACUCGGAGCUGGCGCAGCGCAAGCCGGAGGGCCAGCAGGACUUUGUGUACGAGGCUCCCUUUGGCGCGGCGCUCACCUGGUUCACGCAGCCGUACGUCACCCGCCUGCGGUACGAGCGUGGUACCGGCAGCGUGGAGGCAUCCACGCUGACCCUGCUGGGCCGCCCCCGCACCGACCGCUUCCAGCUGGGCGAGGUGCAGGAGGCGGCCAGCAUGCACCCGCUGACCAGCUUCCAGGCCCGUGGCAGGCGGUACUACGUGGAUGCAGAGCACUUUGGCGACAAAGCGCUGCUGGCGCGGCUGCAGCCGGCGGCGGCGGCGGCGCACGUGACGGAGGCGGCAGAGGCGGCGCAAGCCGCCCAGCAUCGGCCGCAGCAGCAGGGGCGCGAGCAGCAGCACUGA